CUAUUGUUCAAUACAUGUUUGAUAUAUACAUAUUGUACAUUGAAUAUUGGAGGGUCAUUCUCUUCGUGGCAGAGUACCAAACCUGACGGUUGGUGAUAAUGACUAAGCUGAUUGAACUGAAACAGGAUGGUGACUUGGAAAGUUUGCUAGAGCAACAUAAGAAUAAGUUGGUUGUGGUUGAUUUCUUUGCCACAUGGUGUGGCCCGUGUAAAACCAUAGCUCCUCUGUUCAAAGAAUUAAGCGAGAAGUAUGAUGCGAUCUUCGUGAAAGUUGAUGUCGACAAACUUGAAGAGACCGCCAGAAAGUACAAUGUCUCGGCUAUGCCAACGUUUAUAGCCAUUAAAAAUGGUGAAAAAGUCGGGGAUGUUGUUGGGGCUUCUAUUGCUAAAGUUGAGGACAUGAUCAAGAAAUUCAUUUAAUAUCUUUGAUCUCGUAAACCUUUGGAUAUGAUUGCAUAAACUUUUCCUUCUCGAAUUACAUCUUGUGCUUUUGAAAUAGGUGAAGUACUGGGCGGUCGUUGGACUCCAACUACCGUCUGAUCAAAAGUUGAAGCAAUCAUACAGUGAAACUGUUGGUUUAUGGAUAUGUUCAAGUAUGACUAGUUUCACGUAAUCUGUAGACAAAAUCUUUAGGUUGACCAUAGCUUCUGUCUUAAUAUAGAUGCUUCUCUAGACUUUUUUCUACCAUUAGUCCAUCAAAACGUACUUCAUAUAAGUGAAUAAACAGCUAUAGAAAGUCAGAAAUUUUUCAAAGGUUUUAGUUUCAUCGCUCCGCUGGUCAUCAUGUACAGAGAUCCUUGGUUGAUUGCAACUACGUGAUUGUGCAGAGUCGUGUGAAUGGCACCUAACGUGCAAUGUUCGUCUUAGAUACAAUGUAGAUCAAAAGUAUGGAGCGUUCUCUACAACAGCUUUGACGCCAUGUCAUGCUUACUUAGGGUUGUACGCUUGACAUGUUUAGCAAUGUCAAAUAUCUUCAGAACUUGGUAGGUGUAAAUAUCCACUGAAAUAUCUGACAUCUUUUAGACACCAGGUAAAUAUAGUGUCAUGUGACGCGUCAUUUUCGUUUAGUGGUCAAAAACAGGACCAUGAAGGAACUCCUAAUACGGCUUUCGAUUGCAGCCCUAAAAUAAUACUUUUUGAUGCAUAUCUUGGGCUACCAGAACUGGACAUGCUCCAAAGAUGUUUGUGUUGCAUUGGAUUAGUUUUGUGCUAUGAACAAUGCAUAGGAUAGUUUGUAUUAGUCUUGCAUUUGAGAGGUGGUUUAACGACGUGUGGAGCUAAGUUCUGUUCAGGUAACACUAUCGUAUGCGUCUGUGUAACACGAAAACCCAUUUAAUGAUUUUAAACCCACGUUUGCCAUGUCUGGAUUACUUGAAAAAAUAACACCAGACUAAAGUUAUUGUGUAGAUA